AUGAGCCCCAAAGCGCAUAAGUCAUACAAGUGCGAGACUUGCAGCAAAGUAUUCGGACGGAAAGACAACUUAAUGGUCCACAAGAAUGUACACGAGGGGAUGAAGCCAUUCGAAUGCGACAUUUGCGACAAAGUGUUCAGACGAAAGGACAACUUGAAGACUCACUUGACUGUACACACGGCAGAGAAAGCACAUGGAUGCCACACCUGCGGCAAAAGGUUUGGACGAAAGAGCACCCUCAUGAAUCAUAUGAGUAUACACACGAAAGUGAAACUGUUCUGCUGCGGCACCUGUGGGAAGCGCUUCGGUCGAAAGGGCCACCUCGAUCUGCAUUCGCUGACACACACCAACGAAAAGCCCUUCGAAUGCGACGCCUGCGGUAAGCGCUUCAGUCAGAAGGGGAACCUCAUUCGGCACUCGCUCUUGCACACCAACGAAAAGCCCUUCGGAUGCGGCAUCUGCAGGAAGUUCUUCGUGCAAAAGGCUCAUUUGGUGAGACACGUCGUGGUGCACAGGCAGAGGCUGGCUGCUAUUAAGAGGUCUCUGCGAAGGGAGGCUUUCCAGCUGGGGUCUUCUGGCAGAGUUGUAGGAUUACUUGAGAAUUAA